AUGAUGCUCGCAGUUAUCGUAGCUUUUGCGGUCAUUUUUUUUGUUACGUUGGCUCUUGCCGGCCGGGGGCUUCUUCCUUUUUAUCGUUAUCCUCCCAUCGCCCUCAACCCAGACGUAUAUCAGUCGUUCAAACUUGUGAAGAAAACUCGCGUGACGCAUGAUUCUUUCAUUUUUCGCUUUGCCCUCCACGCCUCGCAUCAAUGCCUUGGUUUACCGACGGGUCACCACAUUCGGUUCCGUGUCGCGUCCAAACACAACUUUACGGGCACCCCACAAGUUGUUCAGCACUCUUACACUCCCAUUUCAUCAAAUGACGACAAGGGAUUCGUGGAUUUCCUUGUGAAAAUAUAUUACAAGGGCUCCAAUCCGGCAUUCCCCAACGGUGGGCGGCUCUCACAACAUCUUGACAGUUUGUCCAUUGGUGAGGCUGUGGAGAUGUUGGGCCCAGUGGGGAAGUUUCAGUACAUGGGAAACGGUGACUAUACGGUGGAGAUGGGUAAGGGAGAGGUAAAGCGGCAGCAUGUAGCUGGUUUUGCAAUGGUUGCUGGUGGUACAGGGAUUACACCAAUGAUGCAAAUUAUUCAUGCCAUACUUAAAUCACCUGAGGAUCCCACGCGGCUUUGGUUAGUCUAUUCCAACCACACAGAAGAGGACAUUUUACUGCGGGAUGCACUAGCCGAGGCAUGUAAGGACCCGCGUGUGAAGGUAUGGCACACUCUCACUCGCAGUGCCCCCCCGGAUUGGGCGUAUGGAAGAGGGCGUGUUAACGAAGAGAUGCUUCGCACUCACCUCCCCCCACCGCAGCUGGAGGAGGGCUCAGUAACCGUAUUGUUAUGUGGUCCCCCGCUUAUGCUUCAGGACGCAGUGAAGCCAAACCUGCUCAACAUUGGGUACUCACAAGACAAUAUAUUUACCUUUUAA